AUGUUCGGAGGAGCACCGCCACCACCCAGCAUCGCCGAGGUCAGGCAGCAAGAGGCUAUGGCCAAGAGUGCUAUCCAGUUCACGGCUGCGACAUGUUUCCUGCUCUACCUCUCUCCGUUCGCGGUUGAGUACGUUCAGAAGCUUCUUUAG